CAUAAGAUAUUAAUAAUUGUCACCUAUCAUCACUGAAAAAUGGCAAAAACAUUUCACUUUCUUGCGCAGUGUAAAGAAUUGGUCAAAACCACUCCUAAUGCUGCCAAAGUUUUCAACUUCUCAAUUGCAAAACAAUCUCACAUUCAUACUCAAGGUGGUGAUCCAUUAGGAGCAAUAAAUCAAGGAUCAGAGAAAGCAAGAGAAGUGCUGGAGAGUGUUGAAGAAGUUGGUAAGGAAAAUGUGGAAACUGCAUGGGAUGCUACAAAGAACACUGUACAAUUGGUGACAGAGACAACCACUGCUGAGGCUGAUAUGAAUGCCGUGGACACUGCGGAGUCAAUGGAUGUUCGUAGGAAGCGUUGGAGGUGUUUGCGGUGAUUUUACAGGAAUAAUGGUUUGAACCAAAUGAGAUAACUAUGACUAGUGUGUUAUCUGCUUGCAACCAUUGUGGUCUGGUAGAAGAAGAGAAGAUGCUUCAAAGCUAUGGAGAGAUUUGAAAUUGUGCCUCAGAUUGAGCAUUAUGGUUGUAUGAUUGAUCUUUUAAAUCAAACUACACUCCAACAAGAACAACUUUCCAUUACACAAUGUGUUUGAUAAAAUUUCUCUUGGAGAGUUGCCACAUACUAUGUCAGUGUUAGAAGUUGUUUCCUCUGUUGCGCACGUUGACGUUCAUUCUGAGAUAGCAGUGAAGUUACAUCUGACAUCAAGGGAGGUGUUGGAGAACCCCACGAUGGAUGAUGUCUCUGGUUUGCUUUCAGAUGAGGUGGAUCACAAUCGUUCGAGUCCGAGGGAGUUGGAGGAGAGUCCCAAAGGUUCUCACGAGAGUGAGCACAAUCUUUCGAGCCCGAGGGAGCUGGAGGAGAGUCCCAAAGGUUCCAUUGAGAGUGGACCACAUUCAUCGCAUGUUUUUGAGCACCAAGAGGUGCAUAACGAGUUUGUAGAAUCGGUGCAGGUUCAGACAGAUACUGUUGUUGAGCACGAUGAUGUGUAUGCUAGAUCACACGCCUUGAAAUCACCUGUGGUUGUCGAACCACCCAGUGUUGUUAGUGGAAGUAUGCCCACGGAAAAGGAACAAGAUGUGGUUAUUUUGCAAAAGCAAGAGGUUCAUCCUAGCAAGAAUAUCCAGCAUGGUUUAGAUUUGUGGGCAAGAGUCCGAGAAUAUGAUGAAAGAUCAGCAGCUGAAGACUUCGUGCAUGUUCUAACAAGAAAACAUAAACAGAAACUCAAGGUACAACAAGUCUUAGCAAAGUAGCCUAAUAAAUCUCGUGCUCGGGGUGACAAUCAUUCGACUGAUCGAUGAAUUUCCUCUAUUGGAAUGUUAGAGGUAUCAGUAACUCUGAUACUUGGAUUGCUUUAAAAAUUUAUAUAUGUCUCACAAACCUAUUCUAAUUUUUAUUGCGGAACCGAUGGUUAAUUUUGCACAAAUUCCUGCUUGGUAUUGGCCUAUAGCAUUAAUAAUAAAGACCCCUUAUUACCUAAGGGAAAUGACUUACUUGCUACUGCUAGUGCGGUUUGGCUUGACACUCUUCCAAGUGAAUUGAGGCUUGAUUUUUUUUGAGAUAGAUGUGGAUUUCCUAAUUACAGAUUUCCUUGAUCUGUAAUUAGAGUGUUUGUUGUUUCCACUGUUUCUUUUCUUUUUUGUUCAU